AAUGAAAAACAUCUAAUUAAUGUUGGUGGAUACUAUAAAGAAGGGUAAAAGUAGGGAUUAUGGAAAGAUCUAUUCCUAAACUAUUCAAAGUAAGAUAUUAAAAUUUAGUAUUACUAAUAGUCAAGCAUAAAUAUUUGAAACUGGAGAAUAUUCUAAUGGUCUUAGGAUUGGAAAAUGGAAUUAUAUGCAUGAACAUAAGAUGAUGUAAUUAUUUUUAAAAAUUGUUUAGUGGUGGUGGGUCUUACAAUCAAUAUGGUUAGAAGUAAGGCAAAUGGAUUGAGCUAGGCGAAGGAUUUUAUGCUAAUGGAAACGUUAUUUAGUUUGGAGAAUAUAAUAUGAAUGGUAUGAAGGUAGGUAAAUGGGAUAUUAUGUAUUGUGACAGCUAUUGGGAUAGAAAAUUUAAAUAUAUGUAAAUAUUAUUUAUUUAUAAGAAUAUUUAAUAUAUGUCUAGUGGUGGUGGAUCAUAUGAUUAAGAAGGAAAAAAGAUUGGAAAGUGGAUUGAAUUGUUUGAAGGGUAUAAUAGUAUUGCUUAAGUCACUUAUAAUGGUGAAUAUAAUAUGAAUGGUAUGAAGGUAGGUAGAUGGGAUGUUAUGUAUUGUGAAUAGGAUUAGGAGGAAUAUGAAUAAAUGUAAAUAUUAGUUAUUUAAAAGAAUAUUAAAUAUAUGUAUAGUGGUGGUGGGUCAUAUGAUUAAGAAGGAAAAAAGAUUGGAAAGUGGGUAGAAUUAGAUAAAGAAUUUUAUUUUAAUGGUGAAAAUUCCAAAUAAGUCAUUUAUUGUGGUGAAUAUAAUAGGAAUAAUAUGAAGGUAGGUAGAUGGGAUAUUAUGUAUUGUGACAGAUAUCGGUCAAACGAAUUUUAAGAUGUGUAAAUAUUAUUUAUUUAUAAGAAUAUUUAAUAUAUGUAUAGUGGUGGUGGAUCAUAUGAUUAAGAAGGAAAAAAGAUUGGAAAGUGGGUAGAAUUGGCUGAAUGGUUUUGUUGUGCUAAAUAUUCAUACCUUUAAGACGUUUAUAAGAGCAAAUAUAAUAUGAAAGGUCAAAAAAUAGGUGUUUGGGUAGAAUGGGGUAUAAAGUAGAAUAAAAAAAAAGGAGAAAAGAUAUAUUAUGAUUGAGA